GGACCCUGGUCGUAUGUGGCUACCACAACAUUAGCCGUGAGGCUCUGGGACUUAGUCUGCUGCAGAGUCUUUAAAGGUCGACAUUAAAGUCUUAAUAGAAAAGUAAGGGGUUCUUAAUUCUGACAGGAUGUCGGAGGUGAAGGUGAAGAAGGAGGCGAGCGGCCCGGAGCCCGAGGAGGUCGAGAACAGGAUCAAGGAUCUGUGUCGGCAGUUCCCGCAGGGCAUCACAGACCAGGUGAUCCAGAAUGACCUUCCAAACCUGGAGCCUCAGCAGAGAGCCAUGGCCAUCAACAAGCUGCUGUCGCUGGGCCAGCUGGACCUGCUGAGGAACAGUUCAGGUCUGCUGUACAGACUGAAGGACUCUCAGAGCACCAGUAAGAUGAAGGGCUCGGACAACCAGGAGAAGUUGGUCUACCAGGUCAUUGAGGACGCGGGGAACAAAGGAAUCUGGAGCAGAGACAUCCGUUUCAAAAGCAACCUUCCUCUCACAGAGGUCAACAAGAUCCUGAAGAAUCUGGAGAGCAAGAAACUCAUCAAAGCCGUCAAGUCUGUGGCGGCGUCCAAGAAGAAGGUGUACAUGCUGUACAACCUGCAGCCGGACCGCUCGGUGACGGGGGGCGCCUGGUACAGUGACCAGGACUUUGAGUCUGAGUUUGUGGAAGUUCUGAACCAGCAGUGCUUCAAGUUCCUGCAGAGCAAGGCCGAGGCGGCGAGAGACAACAAGCAGAGUCCAAUGGUCCAGAGGAACAGCUCGUUCGCCACCUCCCACGAAGUCUGGAAGUACAUCUGCGAACUGGGCAUCAGCAAGGUGGAUCUGUCCAUGGACGACAUCGAGACCAUCCUGAACACGCUGAUCUACGACGGGAAGGUGGAGAUGACCGUGAUCGCCGCCAAGGAGGGGACAGUGGGCAGCGUGGACGGACAGAUGAAGCUGUACAGAGGAGUUAACGCCGUCCUGCCGCCCACCGGCCUCGUUAAGACGCCGUGUGGACUCUGUCCGGUGUUUGACGACUGCCACGAGGGAGGGGAGAUCUCUCCGUCCACAUGCGUAUACAUGUCGGAGUGGUUGGACUUCUGAUGGCACCGCCUCAACCUUUUCUCUGUGAUGAAAAGUUUAUUUUAAUCUCUUUAUUUUGUAUUUAUCUGAAGUUCAGUAAAAGUUCACGUGUGA